AUGGCCAAUCAUAACUUCCCAUUAUUUAUCUUACGGUUUUUCCCACUCUUUGUGAUCAGUAGUUUGUCACUGAUGAACAGCCAGACAAUUCUUGUUGAAGCCCGGCAACUCCUGGAGGUAACAUUGCCUGAGCUUCCCAAGCCUGAAUUGCCUAAGUUGCCACCACUGCCUGAAUUCCCAAAACCUGAACUGCCAGAAUUUGAAAUACCAAAACUGCCUGAAUUGCCACCUUUUCUUCAUUUUCCUGAGCUGCCUAAGCCCGCAUUGCCAACUAUUCCCAGCGGCAUCAACCCAUCUCACUCAACUACUAAAGCUGUAAGAGAACUGCAAGAGAGUGAGAGGUAUGCCACCCCUUCCCAAAACCAACGAGGCACUUGCCGUGUGCAUCUCAUAUCCUCUGCUCAAGACGCUUGCUCAAGUCCAGAUCCUCCAUACUCCCUUAUUGGCCUUCCAGUUUUCCCUCUGAUCGAUGCUGAUGUUACCCAGGACAUUGCAGAUGAUGGCAUGUACUUCACUCUCGAAGCGAAGGAGGAAUUUCAAGUCCCUAUUGUCUUGUUUUGGACUUCAAGUGCCUAUGCUUUUUUGCGAAAACUCUGCUUUCUCUCAAAGCCAUUGCUAACCAUCUCCACAGCUAUGGCUUAUCGUCACUUCCCAUCAUCCAUUUUACCACUUAUGGUGAUUAGUAUGUCAUUGAUGAACAGCCAGACAAUUCUGGUAGAGGCACGCCAACUCCUGGAGGCAUCAUUGCCUGAGCUUUCAAAGCCUGAACUUCCUGAACUUCCCAAACCUGAAUUGCCUGAGCUUCCUAAGCCUGAAUUCCCUGAAUUGCCACCAAAACCUGAAUUGCCAAAGUUUGAAGUGCCUCAACUGCCUGAAUUGCCAACUUUUCCCCAUUUGCCUGAGCUGCCUAAGCCCACAUUGCCAACUAUUCCUAAGUACAUCAACCAAUCUCACUCAACUGCUAGUCCUUGA